AUGUCCUUCCUUUCUUCACUCUCUGGUAAUCAAAAAUUAUUACUCGGUGCUACCCUUGCUAGUGCUGCUGGUUUAUUCUUGUACAAGAAACACUCUUGUUGUUCCUCUUCAUCCACAAAAUCCAUUGCCACCAGUGGUCCUAAAGUAGAUUAUAGUAAAAAAUCAAAACAACAAAUUGAAACUGAAUUCAAACAAGUAUUCCAAGAAUUGAAGAAAUUUAUUUUGGAUGACAUUAAGAAUAAUUAUGAAGUACCAAAAGAGAAUAUUGAAUAUGUUGAAAGAAUUCUCGAUUACAAUGUUCCACAUGGUAAAUUAAAUCGUGGAUUGGCCGUCGUGGAUACUCUUCUCAUUCUCAAUUCCUAUCAAGUCAGUGAAAAACAAUUCCACUCUGCUUGUGUAUUGGGAUGGUGCAUUGAAUUCCUUCAAGCCUUCUUCCUUGUUGCUGAUGAUAUUAUGGAUGCAUCAAUCACUCGUCGUGGACAAGAUUGUUGGUACCGUUUGGAGGAUGUCAAAAUGACAGCCUGUAAUGACUAUUUAAUUGUUGAAUCUCAUAUUUACAAGAUUUUGAAGCAUUAUUUCAAUGAACCAUCUUUAUACGUUCCAUUGGUUGAUUUAUUCCAUGAAGUCACUUAUAUGACUGAAUUGGGACAAUUACACGAUUUAAGAUCACUUCCUCCAAAUGUAGAUAAGAAUGAAUCAUCGACCAUUCCAUUCCAUACUUUUAAUAUUCAAACUUAUUCAUUGAUUGUCAAGUACAAGACAGCCUUUUAUAGUUUCUAUCUUCCAUUAUAUUGUGGUUUAAUUUUGAGUAACAAGUUGGAUGAAAAUAUUAGAAAACAAACUUUGGAUAUUUCUAUUGCCAUGGGAGAAUAUUUCCAAAUUCAGGAUGACUAUUUGGAUUGUUAUGGUGAUCCAUCUCAUAUUGGUAAGGUUGGAAGAGAUAUUGAGGAUUGUAAAUGUUCUUGGUUGGUGGUUAAGGCUUUGGAAUUGGCCAACGAAGAACAAGUCCAGGUGUUGAAGGCUAAUUAUGGAAAGGAAGCACCUGAAAAGGUGAAAUUAGUGAAGGAUUUGUACAAGCAAUUGAAUUUGGAAGAAUUGUACAAGUCCUAUGAACAAACAGCCAUUCAAGCCAUGAAUCAAAUGAUUGAUCGUGUUCCUGAUUUUAUUAAUAAGGAUAUUUACAGAACUCUUUUGAACAAGAUUGCCAAUAGAACCAAGUAA